AUGACUGAGCAUACACACACAAUCCAUUUCAAUGUGAGGGCAGGUAGGAUGACGGGAAGGACCCAGCUGACUUCCCCACACAAGAAUGGAUCAAUGAACUGCUGUUGGUUUUGUUUUAAAACAAGGAGCCCCAUUCCUUCAACCAUGGCUACCUCCUGGGAAGAGAGGAAGCGGGAGAGGAGCCUACGUCCCACUGUCACCCAAGUCCUCCAGCCGUGCAAGCUGUUCACCUGCACCCCCCUGCAAGCUGGAUCCAGAGUUGCAGGCAGACCAAUUUCUAAAUCAGUAUUAUCUCAACUGGAGGCUAAGACUGCAGAGGCCUCUACGGUAUUUAGUGGGGCCCAGAGUGGCGUGUCUCAGUUAAUCCAGAGGGAGUUCAGACCAGUGCAGUCAGCAGAGAUGCUGAGACGGUGGCCACGUUUGUUGGUGCAUUUGUGCAACAACAGGAGUGGCUGGUUCCAAUGCUGGUAUUGGAACAGUCUUCGGCAGCCUCAUCGUUAA